ACAGAAUCUGAAUGCCUGCCUGGGAGGGUUCAGGAGGGGUUUUUCUAUUCUUUGAAUUUCCUCCUCUCAAGUGUAGAGGGGACUUUGCUCCUUAUUUUCAAAAGAAUUCUGGCUCUUCUCUGUGAAUGUGUUACACCGGAAUCGCCACUCAAUCGCAAGUAGUUCAGCCAUUAGUUCAUCUUCGCACUGAAAUGGCGGUACGAUUUUCUGUAACUUGGCCUCCAUCAUAUUUCAUUUCGCCAAUGAAACAGAUGAAGUUUAACUCCCCCAAUUCAUUUUUUGGUGCACAUUACCUUCCCCAAAUGAAACAAGGCAAGACCAGGGAGGAGUGUUUGAGCCUUUCAUCAAAUCUCUCGAGCCUGUCUUUUCAGGAUGCUUUACCGAAAAGAAUAAGGAUCUCAAAGAGGAUUGAAGCACUCAAAUCUAGUGAUGCCAGUUGGAAGAAAAAGCAAGAAGAUUUUAGUGACAGUGAUGAUGAGACAGAUGCACAGCCUGCAUUGGAAGAAAAUGAUCCUUAUUUAAUGAAUCUUGAAGAGAGACAAGAGUGGAGGCAGAAAAUUAGAGAAGUGAUUAGUAUGUACCCUAAUGUUAAAGAGGAGGUAGACCCUGUUGAGAAAAAGGAAAAAUUGCAAAAGCUUCUGAAGGAUUACCCUCUUGUUCUUGAGGAGGAUGAUCCUGACUGGCCUGAAGAUGCUGAUGGGUGGGGAUUCAACUUGGGACAGUUUUUUGACAAGAUUACCAUUAAGAACAACAAAAAGGUUGAUGAUGAUAAUGAUGACAGUGAUAAUGAAAUAGUAUGGCAAGAUGAUAAUUAUAUACGUCCCAUCAAAGACAUAAGAAGUGCAGAAUGGGAGGAGACUGUAUUCAAAGACAUAAGUCCAUUGGUAAUUAUAGUACACAACCGAUAUAAAAGGCCAAAAGAGAAUGAAAGAAUUCUAAAUGAAGUGGAAAAGGCUGUUAAUAUUAUAUGGAACUGCAGAUUGCCUUCGCCAAGAUGUGUUGCAAUUGAUGCUGUUGUUGAGACUGAUCUCGUCGCUGUUCUUCAAAUAUCAAGCUUCCCGGAACUCAUCUUUACCAAAGCUGGAAGGAUCUUGUUCCGUGAGAAAGGGAUUCGAAAUGCAGAUGAGUUGUCAAAAAUGAUGGCAUUCUUCUACUACGGAGCAGCAAAACCAUCCUGUUUAAAUAACAUUACAGAUUUCCAAGAAGACAUUCCUUCUCUUCCUAUCAAUAAUCCAGUCUCUUGAAAAUAUAUUAUUGUGAAAUCAAAAUAGAGUUCAAGUUUAUGGGCUUAAGCUGCUUUGCCCUUCCGCAUUUUCUACCUUUCUGUCAGAAAUGCAAGAAAUAUGUACAGCUCCUUUGACUCUUGUAUAUAUCUGUAUACGCUGUACAAGUAUGGGUAUGUCUGCCACUUAGGAGGGAAGGGAAUGUGAGGAGACAUGAUCAGUUUAAUUGGUAAUUUAUUAAAUUUUUUGUUUUGAUAUGGGUUUCUUAUUGUAAUCUUUUGGAUUAGGAGAAUAUAAAUGGGUAAACACGUGUUCGGUAUUGUGAUGCUGAAACAAUGGGUUAGUGUCAUGCUUAUGGUGCUCGAAUUCAAACGUAGUUGAGGUAUAAUGCUAGAUUAAUGGUUGCAAAUUUCUUUA